GUCCCCACCAUCUCCAACCUUGACAAUCGACAACUUUCUAAACCACGAUCACACACAAUGAGCAGAAACAAAGAUACAGUUCACGCCGAUGCGCGUCGCUUCCUCGAUGAGCGUGGCUCUAACGUAUCGGUCGCGCCAAACGGCCUCAAUCCCGCGACUAUUAUGGAAAAGGCCGUCAAGGAUCGCAUCGUCGACUCGUACUUUUACAAAGAGCAAUGCUUUGCGCUCAACGAAGCGGAUAUUGUCGAUCGCGUCGUCGAGCAUGUCAAUUUCAUUGGUGGAACGUACGGUGUCACACAAAAACCCAGUCCAUUCCUGUGUCUUGCCUUCAAGCUGCUUGAACUUUCGCCUAGCGAUGCAGUGCUCAUGGAGUACUUGAAAUAUGGCGGAGAGGCUUUUAAAUACCUGCGCGCGCUUGCGUGCUUCUACUUCCGACUCACAAGACAAGCGAAGGAUGUGUACGAGAUGCUGGAGCCGUUCCUCGAGGAUAGGCGCAAACUUCGACGGAGAGGAAGGGCGGGCGUGGUGUUGACAUUCAUGGACGAAUUUGUGGACGAGCUGUUGACAAAGGAGCGAGUAUGCGGUACAAGUCUUUGGAAGAUGCCGAAGCGAGAGGUUUUGGAAGAUUUGGAAAUUCUCGAGCCAAGGGUUAGUCCCCUUGGUGAUCUUGAGGAUCUUCUCGAGGAAGAGGACGAAGCAGAGAAAGAGAAUGGAACAAGAGAAGAAUCUGGAGAGAUUUCCGAUAGAGAUGAUAUGGAAGUUGAUCGCGAUGAGAGGAGAAGCCAGAGUCGAGGCCGCAGUCGAAGUCGAAGUCGCUCACCUUGAUCAGAUGGACUGUCCCCGCACAGCAACCAAAAGAGUUGACUCGCAAAACACCAUAAAUCAUUACUAAAAGCCAGACGUCGUGGUUCUACUCUCCUGUCGCUUCAAGAGAUUAUGGAUAGCACCGUUAGGGCGAGCGAACGAAAAAGCUUCUGCCUAGUUUAUCAAUACGGCAUGCUUAGCUCGAUAUGUGGAAACUGCCUCAUCUACGACAACAUCUACAGGUGUUGAAUGUCUAUGGCAACGACGCAAGACGAACAGAGACCGUGUCAUAUUAAGCUGAUAGGGUGCCAUUCGAAAGUCGAGAAUGGCAGAGCUAGGGCUCUUGCAUGCUUAUCAGACCCUUCACCUACUUGUAUAGGGCACUUGAAUCACUCAAACUGGACCGCGGCAAAUAUACAGCUAGCCGGAUACGCAUUCAUGAUACCCAUUCAAUGCAAAACAGGAAGUUUGAUGGGGGAACAGGCGAACCACUCAGAUAUGCUCAAGAUACUGCUGUCG